CCGCUGGCGACUGCGGGGGAAGGGAGCGGGCUAAGCCGUUUUCUUGCGUUCUUGUAUUCGAAUUUCGAAAUUCGAAAGGGAGCCGCUAAAAGUUAAACGACAUUCUGUAUGCCUCUGAAUCUUUUGCACGCUGAGAAAGCUUCAGAGAAAUAAAUUAAAAAAGAGAAAGGAGAGAGAGAAGAAGAGGAAGAAAAGGAAAGGUGGAGAGGAAGACGGUUCCUUCUGUCUAAGUGAAGUUUUCUUAAAGAUGGGGGCGUCGGGGAAAUGGCUGAAAUCUUUGAUUGGAGCUAGGAAGUGUGACAAAGAUGACCAGGAGAAACAGUGGAACAAGGGAAGUCGAAAAUGGAAGAUAUGGAAGGGUCGGUCUCCAUCGUCAAGGGCUCCAUCCGAGGCAUCGGAUUGCUCGCCGAAGGUGGCGGAAGAUGUUUACAAUGUGGUCAUUGCUACGAUUGCUCGGGCUCCCGCCAAGGAUUUUAGAGUCGUGAGAGAAGAGUGGGCAGCAAUUCGCAUACAGACGGCGUUUCGGGGGUUUCUGGCUAGACGGGCUUUGCGAGCUCUGAAGGCUGUUGUUCGGCUUCAAGCAAUCUUUAGGGGUCGGAUGGUAAGGAAGCAGGCUGCUAUCACCCUUAGAUGCAUGCAGGCACUUGUGAGAGUACAAGCACGAGUGAGGGCGCGGCGUGUGAGAAUGUCUAGUGAAGGUCUAGCUGUACAGAAAAUGCUGGACCAGCGAAGAGCAGAAACUAAUCCCUUGAAAGAGGCAGAGGAAGGUUGGUGUGACAGACAAGGAACUCUUGAGGAAGUCAAAGCAAAGCUCCACAUGAGGCAGGAGGGGGCCAUCAAGAGGGAAAGGGCUCUUGCUUAUUCUUUCUCUCAACAGUUGUUGAGAUCAAAUCCAAAUCCAAAUGCCAAUAUAAAUCCAAAAGUGAAUUCUAGGCCAAAUUUGUCAGUGUCCAACCUGAAGAAUGAUUCAGAUAAGGGCAGCUGGAGUUGGUUAGAGCGGUGGAUGGCUGCCAAACCAUGGGAAACCAGAUUAAUGGAACAGUCCAACGCAGAGUCUGAGACUCCCCGCUGUGCAACCUUUGUUGAUCCCUCCAGAACACAGUGGAAGCUUAAUGACAAAUAUGUAGAAGCUCUGCCAAAACAAAAACAUAAUUCUCAGAUGCUUGCUAAGCAAAAUGAGUUUGUAUCAGUUACAGUCCAGAAGAACAACAUAUCUACCAGGAUUCGUGCUAGGCCUCCGGCUGCUUUUUGCAAUGGCCAUCAUUCAUUCCCUCAAUAUUCGUCAAGCCCAAGUUCUGAACUCAGAUAUGGCGAAAGCUCAGCUUCUUCAGCAACCACUUCCACUCCAAUAUCUGGCAAUACUCAUACAGCAUCCGAAGAGGGCAGCAUCGGUAAACCAAGUUACAUGAAUAUGACAGAAUCCAUGAAAGCAAAGCAGAGGUCAUGCUGUUCUCACCGACUAGGCAGGCAGGGCUCAGAUGAAUUUCAGCUGUGCAAGAAAUCUUUUCUUUCUAGUGGAGACUCAGCUAGUGUUAGAUGGUCGGAUAAUUUGUCAAAGCGAAGUGAGAGAAUAGCAAUUAGGGAUGGAGAAAAACUAUUGCUUUGACGUGUGAUGUAUGUAAAUGAGGUUCAACAGCUUGUUGUCCUGUACUAGUGAAUGGUUCUGUAAUGGUUUUUUUUUUCUAAUUGUAUUGCAAUGUGCUUAAACCGUUCCCGGCUGACUUAUAGAGUGUUGUUUAUUGUUACUCCCUUUGUUGGCAAAUAAGAUAGCUGCAGUAUUUCCUUCA